GGGCUCUGGGCUCGGCUCCGGGAGAGCUCGGGCGGGAGCCCAGGGGGCGCCGCGCGGGGACCUCAAGCCAGAUCCCAGCGUCCCGCCGCCUCGGCCCGGUCCUGCCCCGCCUCCUGCCCCGCCCCUUUCCAGCCCGUCCCACCCUCUCUACGCCUUCCUGUGCAGCCCCCCGCCCUCGCCGUCCGGGCCCCGCCCCCUCCCCCUGGCCCUCGCCACCGGUCCAGGGAGGGGACGGCGGGACCGGCGGGGAGGGCGGACCGGGGGUGGAUAUGGCCGCGGCGCCCGGAGGGUCUGCGCCGUCCGCCGGCCCCAGCCCGCGCCUGGGUUUCAGCACCGCGGAUAGCGGCGUCGGCAUGAGCGGGCUAAACCCCGGUCCUGCCGUGCCCAUGAAGGACCACGACGCCAUCAAGCUCUUCGUGGGGCAGAUCCCGCGGGGCUUGGACGAGCAAGACCUCAAGCCGCUGUUCGAGGAGUUCGGCCGCAUCUACGAGCUGACGGUGCUGAAGGACCGGCUCACCGGCCUCCACAAAGGCUGUGCCUUCCUCACCUACUGCGCCCGGGACUCUGCUCUCAAGGCCCAGAGUGCACUGCAUGAGCAGAAGACCCUGCCAGGGAUGAAUCGUCCGAUCCAAGUGAAGCCAGCCGCCAGUGAGGGUCGAGGAGAGGACCGAAAGCUGUUUGUGGGGAUGCUGGGGAAGCAGCAGGGCGAGGAGGAUGUCAGGCGCCUGUUCCAGCCCUUCGGCCAUAUAGAAGAGUGCACGGUCUUGCGGAGCCCUGACGGCACCAGUAAAGGCUGUGCCUUUGUGAAGUUCGGGAGUCAGGGGGAAGCCCAGGCAGCCAUCCAGAGUCUGCACGGUAGCCGGACCAUGGCGGGCCAGCGCUGCGGUCUGGACCCGUCACCGCGACCUUCCCUGCCCUACCCAGGGCGCCUCCUCCAGCCUCGUGGUCAAGCUGGCGGACACGGACCGGGAGCGCGCGCUGCGUCGCAUGCAGCAAAUGGCCGGCCAGCUGGGCGCGUUCCACCCGGCGCCGCUGCCGCUAGGGGCCUGCGGGGCCUACACCACGGCGGUAGGUGCCCGGCCCCGGCGGCGGGUGAGCCAGGCCAGGCCGGGGGCCGGGAGAGCUUCCCGCCGCUGGGCUCCCCACACCCGACCUUCUCACUCCCUAAGAUCCUGCAGCACCAGGCGGCCCUGCUGGCGGCGGCCCAGGGCCCAGGCCUAGGCCCGGUGGCCGCGGUGGCGGCGCAGAUGCAGCACGUGGCCGCCUUCAGCCUGGUGGCGGCGCCGCUGUUGCCGGCGGCAGCAGCCAACUCCGCGCCGGGCAGCGGCCCCGGCGCGCUUCCCGGACUUCCAGCGCCCAUCGGGGUCAAUGGAUUCGGCUCUCUGACCCCCCAGACCAACGGACAGCCGGGCUCCGACACUCUCUACAAUAACGGGCUCUCCCCUUACCCAGCCCAGAGCCCAGGCGUGGCUGACCCCCUGCAGCAGGCCUACGCUGGGAUGCACCACUUCGCAGCAGCCUAUCCAUCGGCCUAUGCCCCAGUGAGCACAGCUUUUCCCCAGCAGCCUUCAGCCCUGCCCCAGCAGCAAAGAGAAGGUCCUGAAGGCUGUAACCUCUUCAUCUAUCACCUGCCUCAGGAGUUCGGUGAUGCAGAACUCGUACAGACAUUCCUGCCCUUUGGAGCUGUUGUCUCUGCCAAAGUCUUUGUGGACCGAGCCACCAACCAGAGCAAGUGUUUUGGGUUUGUUAGCUUUGACAAUCCAACCAGUGCCCAGACAGCCAUUCAGGCCAUGAAUGGCUUUCAAAUUGGCAUGAAGAGGCUCAAGGUCCAGCUAAAGAGGCCCAAGGAUGCCAAUCGGCCUUACUGAUCUGCUCCCACUGACCAGCCGCAGAAAGAAACUGAAGAGUGAAGAGAAAGGAAAGGAAAAGCACAGCAAUGCUUGAGCCGCCCUUCCCGCGGGAGCAGCCGCAGGGAGGUGGAUCGGACCUGCGGCCAGCGCCUGGGGCUCGGGCCGCGUUAGGGACAUCUUUGUCAAGUGGGUUGGACUUCGCCUGUGGCACAGUGUCAGGCUGGCAAGGCAGCUGGGGCUGGCUGAGGACCGACUGUCCAGGGGAACCAGCGGAGGGACUUGGGGGUGCCAUGGGCUUCUCUGCCCGAGAAGCCCGUAUUUACUUCUUUCAAAAUCAUAUCAUUCCUUAGAGUUUAGGGACCAAAGGACUAUUGCUUUUUUAAGACUAUAUAUAUAUAUAAAUUAAAACAAAGAAACAGAAAACAAAAACAGAAAACCCACACACAUGAAAAGCAACAAAGAAAAUAUAGUCUCGUAAAAGCUGCCUUUAAAUAUUCCUAGGAGACAGGGUGGAGACCCGCGGAAGCCCCGGCUUCAGCAGAAGGGGGCUAUGGAAAGAUUGAUGUGUGUCUCAUUCCUACUUCAGCCAUCCUCCUGAACCACCUUUUAAAAAGAAUUAAAAACUUGAGCUCUAGGCUCAUAUGCAGGUAAUGAGAGAGUCACAGAAGCAGUGAAACCAUAACCUUCAAACUCAGAGGGCAGACCUGAGGGGGCCUGGGAGGGGCUCUGGUCUGCCCCGGCCCCUCCCGCCCUGAGAGGCCCCCUAGCCCGCGGGCACGGGAACCUGCCUCUCCUUCCUGACUGCCUUCCCCAUGGGACCGCGGCUUCCCGGCAGGAAGAAAGAGAGUUUGGGCCACGCCAGCCUUUCCCGUCCCCAUCCAGAUAGACAGAGGCCGAGACACCUUCUGUUUGCCCUCACCUUGAGCCGGCCACUGUGUCCCCUGGCUCUGGGCCGCCUAAGUUUGCCCGUCUGUAACGUAGUGCAGGAUUUAUGUCGAGGGCUGUGACAACCGACUUGGAAGGUCUGUUACUGUAUAUAUACUGCCAUUGAGAAGGGGAUAAUUUUCAAUGUGUAGAAGCUUCAGAAUUUAGAGGUCCCUCUUUACCCAGGAUGUGGGAGGGAAGUAGAUGUUUUGCCAAAAUACUUCUUCACACCUUUAAAAAGUAUAUCUUUCCUAUGCAAGAAUGUCUCACGUGCUUAUCCAAGGUGCUUCUAGAUGGUGAGCAGUGUUCAGCUUAGAAGUGGUGUGUGCUCUGUCUGUCUGUCUUUGUCUGUCUGUUGUAUACAGUGGGUGCCAUAUAAAGCUGAUCGGUGGUGGUGCCUCCUGCCUGCUUCUCUGAGAUGGGCAAAAGAUUCAGCUUAGAACAAACACCAUGACUCCACCUUGCCUUGGUCAGCCUUUCCUGGGCCUGCAGGGCCUUGCACAUAUUUUUCCCAGCCUUGCACAUAUUUUUCCCAGGAGGAGAUUUCCCCUCUACCCCAUAGACACGGAUCGAACUGGUCUGAGGCCCUAACUAUGUGGUGGGCACUCUGGUCCCCAGCAUUGCUGAGGCUGGAAGCCUUUGAUCUGAAAUCACAUCAGACAGUAAAUGAUGUGGGGGUGAGGUUGGAGGUUCCUCCUUCAUAACGGUUUCUAAGAAAACUUGUUCCCACCUGUUCCUCUGUCUUUGACUCAUUUUUGGAGGGGAUGGGAUGAAAAAUAAUUAUGGUAAUAAUAUUACCAAGUAAGGUGUGGUAUAUACCAACAACACAUUUCCAGCUGAGAGAGGAACCAGUGUCGAGGGCAUCAUAGACUGGCCACUCUGGACUCAGAUGGAGCUAGGUAACACCUGCAUAUUCAAACAGAUACGUGGAAUACAAGAGACUCACAGUGCUAGGUGCUAAGCACUGUGCUAGGAGUUGGGGCUCAGGCAUGCUCUAAGUACUCAGAGUCAGGGAAACCAGACUGGUAACUAGUUGUAACUGGAGGCCCACAGUCCGUGAUAGCAAGCAGUAGAGUACCUACUUUGGACUUUAGUGGUAAGGGAGGUCAAGGAAAGGUUUCCUGAAAGAGAUGGAGAAAGGGAAGGAUCUUCAAGGAUAAACUAGGACGAUUAGACAAAGCCAUUUGGGUGGCUGCAUUAUUUUGAUAAAUUAUCAUCGAGAAAUAAUGAUCACUCUUUACUCAGUGCUUAUUAUGUGGCAGACAGUGGGCACCAAGAAAAGACCCUUUUUUCCAUUCCUAACUCUACCCUGAACCGAACUCAUCACCAAGUCAUGUCAAGACACUUGAACCAAAAUGGCAAAGUAUUUUGCUCCGUGGUUAGGGACUGGCUGUGCACCAAGGAUGCAGGGGUUGGCAGGGUCUAGAUUAGGGGUCAGCAAACUAUGGCCUCUGGGUAAAUCUGGCCUGCAGCCUGUUUGUCUAUGGCCUACAAACAGAAUGGUUUUUACAAUUCUAAAGGGCCUUAAAAAUAGAAACAAAACAAAAAAGAAUAUGAGACAGAGACCUAUUGUAGCCCACAAAGCCUAAAAUACUUAUUUGGUUCUUUAGACAAAAAGUUUGCUGACCCCUAUAAGAUCAUGGAAGACUUGUAUAAUAUCUAAUGAAUUUGAACAACAUGGUGUUUGUGUCUCUGUUGUAUGUGCAUGUAUUAGUCUGAACCAUUUCAGUUGCAAGUGUCAAAAACCAAACUUUUAAGCCAAUAGGAAUUAUGGUGGUGCCUUACAUAAUUAAUUGGCUUAUAUAAUUGAUAAAUCAAAGGGUAUGUAUCUGUUAGACAUGGCUGGAUUUAGGGGUUCAAAUGAUGAUAUUUCCAUCUCUCGGUUUUGCUUUCUUCUGCAUGUUGGCCUCACUACGUCUAGCUCUCAAGUCCUAAGAGGACUUUGGCCAGAAUGAGUUUGUGCCCAUCUCUGGGGUAGAAGAAUAGACUGCUGUGAUUGACAACUUCACCAGGGCUCUGUGGAGGAGAGAAAUGGGUCCCAAAGGAAGGGAUGAUGGCCAUAUAAGCAAUAGGCAUCUACUAUAUUCUCCCCCUUUAUUGCUCAGCAUCCACCUAUGUUUUCUUGACAAACAGUUUCAAAAAUGUGCUUCCUAACAAUGCAAUGAUCCUAGGCCCAACAAAAAGUACACUCACCUACUUCCCAGUGAGUAACAAAACAGACAUGUCCAGUUGCUUUAUCGAGUGAUGUGCAAUUCUUGAUCAGGUCUGGAUAUAACAUGAUUUUGCAAUCUCUGACUAAAAGAUAAAUUUAGCUAUCCCUACAUAACAUAUAAAGUAGUGGAGGGAAAGAGGACAACCAUUUUUUUUUAAAAAAAGAAAACACCUUUCAUUUGGGAUAGGGGAGAAGAGAAAACAAUGGUCACUAAUCUAUAGCAUAUAGAUUCUGGACAGUGGAGUAAGUUUCUUGGUCAAUAAAACUGAUUGCUCUUGGUCCUUUCCACUGGGAAAUAUCUCCUUUAUCCAUUGUCCUUUGUGGACAUCUCUGAGAGGAUGCCCUCCCUGGCAUUGCAGCUUUCCUUUGCUCUUUGAACAUGUUCUUGGGCCUCAAGAUCCCUGUUUGCCAGGCCUGAGGGUUCUCUGGUGACGCAGUUCCUUUCCAACGGACUCAUUCAGUUUCUGGGCUCUCUGUGAGCUUGUAAGCGGCAUCAAGUGUCUUGCUGAGUCCUAGUCCUUGAGUCUGAGUCUGGCGCUUAUGAUUUCUGUCUCUUAGCAACAUGUCACGCUUUGCCCAUUCCCCUCCACUUCAGCUUCUAGGCUUCCAUAAGGGCCUGUCUGUGGUGAUAAAUCAGCCUUACUCUGCUCAGUAUCAGCAGAGAGAGAUUACCUGUUCAACAUUUGCCUGGUGUGCUCCCGUGGCCCUGACCAGAGAGUCCAAAUCCCUGAAUGGAAUUGGUGCCUAGGCCUCAGCCCCAAACAGAUGCGUAGGACAGGAGUAAGGCAACCGCACAGUACUCAUUCUGGCCAACUUGCAGCUUUUACUCCACUCACCCUCUGGCCAUGGUCCAUUACACUGUGAGGCCACAUCACCAAAGCACUCCUGAGAGGAGUCUGUCAGUGGACACUGAAUUUGGGGGCCCUCUGAGAACUUGUAUAACUGGGGGACUGUGGUAAAGUCUCUAGCCUUUAUCAGAGCCCCUGUAAUUUCUGUCUCUCUGGAUGCAGCCUUGGUGUUUUGGACAUAGGAAGAAAGGACCUUUUGUCUGAGAUGGAACUAAUAACCUCUUACCUUGGAAGCAGCUCUAGAUCUACUUUGUGCUCUGACUAGACCUGGACUCUCACCUCUGCCUCAGUGGAUCAGAACAUGCAUGUGAUGCUCUCCAAAAGAGCAUGCUAAGGAUGCUAUCACAGGAUCUCUCUUGAUCUGUUCCAACUUUGUUAUAAUUGUUGGUAUCCAUCGUCUCAAAGACACCUGCGUGUAUCGUGACACAGCUGAAUCCAGCAGGGACUCAGAGGCUGUUUUUGGCCUCUUGGCCUCACUUCAUGGCUAGCAUAUCUGUGCAAUCAGGUUACACAAACCUCCUGGCCUCAGGGAACUCAGAGCCGAUGCAGACUAUGCAGCUGCUCCUCCAUCCUGAACCAUGUGGGGUCUGCAAAGAAGUGACCAGGUCUGUGCCAAGCACAAACUCAGAAAGGGCAGAGAGCCACUCUUUUUCUCCCUAGCUCUGGCUUCAGACAAUGUGAUCACAGUGUCCUCCACCCUCUAGCAACCUGGGAAGAUCACAGCUUUUCAGCAUUUGUAGAGGAACCUUUGAACUUCCAGGUUCUGGCCAACUGCUCUCUAGUUGCUUAAGAACACAGAGACCCCGAAGGCAGAGCAGGCUGCAAGCCCGGGUCUGAAUUUUCCCAAGGGAAUUCUUAGGUGCCAGGAGAAAAUUCAGGGAACCUCAAAGAAGGCCUGUGAAGUAAAACCCAGUUCCCCUAGGGAGCAGGCCAGAAAUGGCCUGACCCAGUGACCUUGACACUGGGCUCCAGACAGGAAGCCAGCAGUCUGGGCUAUAGGUCCUGCAUUUGAGCAGGUGAAAUCAGUUGUGUCCUCAGAACCUCCCUGCUACCCCAAGACUCAGUGUUGGAAAGGGGGCUUUGACUGUGGCUCUAAAUCUUAGCCUAAGUACUCUAGACAGACUCUGAGGCAAGGAUUAAAGUGCUCACACUGUUUGGGAAGAUGGAAGCUCAGGAUGAUGAGAGGACAGAAGAGACAUAGGCAAGGAAAGAUGUAAAGCAACGCGGGACAACACAUCAUUGUGUUGACCAGUGCCACAUACGAGCCCCGAGGAGAGAGUAGGUCACUUGAAAGGGUUGUUUGCAAACCACAUGGUAUUUGUGAGGAAAACUGCACCCUGGGCAGUUCACCAGGAGGAGAACUGAGAGGGAAUGUAUCCCUCCGUUCCUCAGUCAUCUCCUGUUUUCCAUUGGCCGAGGCAUACUCCACAGAGAGCUCUGCUGUACUUGUGAGUUGCAUCAUUUGCCCCUUGGGAAGUCAGAUCCCACUGCUGCCAUGUGGCAUUUCUACCACAGAUGUGGGAGUGGAGGAGGUCCUUGGCAUAGUAGGUACUGACAGAGAAAGAAAUGAGGAGGGGUCCUAGGGAGUCCAAGAAGGUGCAUGAAGUCUGUGACCAGCACCUCCCACUCUCUCCAGCAGGAUUCACAGCCAGGGUCCCCAAGGCACCAGAACCCCCAGGGCUGACUGAAUUCCCAGUGAAAUAAAUGUUCUUUAAUUUGAGAGAAAAAAGACGCAUUCAGGUGUGGCUUGGAGGAUCAGGCUUUUUCUCUGGAACUUCCCAGGCCCUAGGUUAUCAUAUCUAGUGUUGGAUACUCCACCUCUGUGCCUUUGCUCUCACUUUAGCCUUGAGACAAGGAUCUGGUUUUUAUAAUCUAUAGGAUGCAUGAUUGUCUGGCCCUGGCGGUCAGGCUUGCUGGCUACAGGCGGAAACAACAACUCCAAACACAGCUAUGGAUGUUUCUGGUUCUGCCAGCAUGGACCUGAUUAAAACCACAGGACACAACUGAAAAUUUUGAGAAGAGGCCAGCAUACUCCAACAUGCAGAGAUUUUCCCAGUGUGUCCCUGAAAUCUCCAUCUAGGGAGGAUGUGUGACCCAAAUCUCAAGAUAAAGUAGGAAAUGAUUUAACCAGCGAAUUGGGUACCACAUAACAGGGAUUGCCGACUUCCCGGUCAAGGGUCAUCAGCAACCUGCUGAUUUCACUUAGUUCCUCCAAUUCCACGUUCUAGAGUCUGUUGUCUGCACACUCCGUGCCAUUUUAUAUUGUUUAAUUACAAGUGGAAGGCACCAACCCAAACCAGCUUAAGCAGAAGGGAGCUGAGAAGUGUCAUGGAAUCACUGACUUCAGGCAGGGCUGAAUUCAAGGGCUCAAAGAAAUGUCAUCAGAUCUCUCUAAUGGCUCUCCUUCUCUUUGUGCCUUGGUCGUGUUUUCUUUCCUGAUGUAGACACACUUUUUCCAGGGAGAUCUUGGUGCCAGCAACUUUUGUCUCACAUGCUCCUAGCAUCAUGACCUCAAAAAGCAAGAGAGCUUUCUAGGGGAAGCUUGUGAUUGGGCUCUACUCAGUUCAAACCCAUACCUGAACUAAUUACUUUGGUCGGGUGAUGGAGUCCCCUGCCUGGCCUGUGGGGCAUGUAUCCAUCUCUGAAUGGUGGAAGGAGGCAGGGGGAAGAGGUGGCAGUAUGACUGUCAGCCCCAUUAAGUACUUAUGGAGCAUAAAGACAUGUCUUUUGUGGUCUGUAAGAACAUGUAAGUUGACCUGACAGGAGUGUAGGAUGCAGGUAAGGAAAGGGUGAGAGUCAGGUAGGAGCCACAUCCAUAGAAAGGGUAUAAUGAGCCAUUGAAGGGCUUUAAUAGCGGAAUGACAUGAUUAGAUUUGGGUCCUAGAAGGAUUCCACUAGGCAGCUAAGUGGAGAAUAGAUCAGAGGGGUAGAUAUUGGGAUAGGGCAUCUGGAGGAGGCUAGUGCAAUGGUUCUGGUGACGAAGAGUAGGAAAGCAAAGAGACCAAUCAAUUUAAGAUGUAUUAAGAGGUAAAAGGUAAGAUACUUAUAAAAUUGGUUCGGUUUAAAUGAGGGUGGGAGGAGUCUAAGAUGCUUCCCUCUCAGUGUUCAGGUUGAACAAGUUAUAGGUGAUGUUUACUAAGCUGAGAACAUUAACAAAAAAAAAAAGUCAGAUUGAGAAGAAAAUGACUUGCCUGUGAGACGUACAAGUGGAAUUGUCAAAAACACAACUUAUCCCAACUUCAAACAAGAAAGAUGGACAGAGAGAUUUGGGAAUCCUGGUCACUUGUAGUGAGUGUGUCACACAAGAUGAUUUAAACAGAAAAGCCAUUUGUUGAAAGGGCAGUAGGUGGAUCAUGGGAUGGCCACGUAGGACACACAAGCUUGGAAAAUAAGCAGGAACAAUGGGAGGCCAGUCUACCAGGCAAAAGCUAAAAUCAGAUGCUGGAACCAGCCCACCAAGACUACUGCCAUUGUCAUCAUCAUUGGAGAGCUGGUGUUAUCACCACCAGAACUCACUACAGACCCCAAGCUGACCCUACAUAGCAACAGCCACCAGGAUGAAUUCUGUACGGUUCUAUUUCUCUGAAUCAUUUUCUCCAGAAUCUACACUUUGUGGGGGCUAUUUGGCCAGACCCAGGUCACAUGCCUUAGUCUGAGCUGCCAAAGAGCUAGGAAAGCAAAGACCCAACCUUUUCAAUGUCUUUCAUGGAAGGUGGGCUCUGAUUACCUCUAAGACUUGUAGCAUAGGAGGGGAAUCAGAUUCUGGGAAGCCCCAAAUUACCGAAGUCUGCUUCAAGUGGGCGCUGAUGAGGUUACUGGUAGAGGAGGUGAGAAAUGCAUGUGGACUAAACUGUUUAUUUAAAUAGUGAAUGACAGAAAAGGAGUCUAUUAAGAAUGCUGUGAAGGAACUAUGUUGAGGGUAAGAAGAAACUAGAAUGUAGCCCAUAGGAGCCAAGAGAGGAAAGGAAUGCAGGGACAGGAUGAGAACAAGGUCAAAUAACAUCAAGUGGCUCAACAAGUUAAGCCUGAUAUUUUUCCAAUGGAUUUAGCAGUUUGAAAGUCCUGACUUCAGUUUAAGUAUUUUCAGUAGACAUUUUGGGAAGAGGUCAGAUGUUGCAAGAUUUAAGGAAUAUGUGGAAGGUGAGGAUGUGCAGAUGGGGUACUCACUACUUCCCAGAAGCCUGAUUGAGGUCAGAAAACAUGUGCAAUGGUCAGUAGUGUGUGGAGUUAAAAUUGGACUCUUUUUUUUGGUUGGGCUAGUGAAUCAAGUUUCUAUGCUGAGAUCAAAGAGUAGGAGAGGAAAAAGUUGAACAUCGAUGAAGGAGAGGCUUAAGUGAAGGAUCAAAGUUCCUGAAGAGACAAAUGAAAUACAGAUCACAGUGAAAGGAAUACCUUUGGGUUUGAAGGGAGGCCUUUCUACCUCUUAGAAAGUAAGGGUAGAAGAGAUUCAAAUGUAUGGAGGGGGCUGAAAAUAAAGGCACUUUUCUCUGCAUUACCUUUAUUUUCUCUGUGAAGCAGAAUGGGGGAUGGUGGCAGAAGGUGACUUGUGGGAAGAUUGCUGGGUACACAGAGGGCCCAACUGAGGAGACUGAAUUUGUGGUAGCUCUGUAUUGGGUACAAGUUCAGUUGAACUACUUAUUAUAGAU